AUGGCCGAUGCCCGCCACGAGCCCCGCGACGCCACCGACACCUCCACCGCCGAAGCGGCUGAUGACUUCGAGUUCCGCGUCGUGCCCACCGGCGGCGGCCCUGCCUCGGCCGGCGUGGGCGCGGACAUGUGCGUGGCCGACGAGCUGUUUUCCGGCGGCAAGCUGCUCCCGCUCCGUCCGUCGACGGCCACGGCUGCCGAUGUGCCCGGCCCCGGCCUGCUUCCGCGGUGCGAGUCCGUCGCCGGCUUGGGGUCGCGGUACGACUGCCGCAGCGCGAGCUCCAGCGGCAGCAGCAGCGGGUGCGUGAGCCGCAGCCACUCGUCCAAGAGCGCCACCUCCGAGCACGGCGCCGCGCCGCCCGCGCGGAGGUCGCUGUCGAGCAGCCUGUUCUACGCGCACCCGAGCCCGUCGCCGCAGCUGCGCUCGUCGACGCGGCCGCGCCGGAGCACGGGCUCGGCCCCGCCGCCUGCCCGGUGGGGCGUCCUACGGCUCGGCGUCGUCGGCGCACCCGAAGUGUACCCGCCGCGGCAAGCCGACGCCAAGAUCACCGCGGCGUCGAGAGGCGGCAGCGGCAGGAGCGCGAGGUUCGAGCGGGCGGCGAGCGCCGUGGAGAGGAGCUUCCGGAAGCGCGGCGCGGGGCUCGGUUUCGGGUGCAGGUGCUCGCCCGACGUCGUCGUUGAGCCCGUCGGCGUGCCGGAUCAGGCGGCGGGAAGGAAGAGCGGGGCUGAUGAUGGAGCCGUGAGAGCGGCCGGAGCAACCGUCGCAGUAGGAUCCUGGAGUGGCUCGAGGAGCUUUCGAUCGGCAAGGGGAAGAAGUGAUCAUCCGAUUCCUGUGUAAAGAUUGUGCUUUUCUCUGAGUUGUUUAUGCUCAAGGAAAAACAUUUAGAUUUGAUAGUGGUAGAUUUUUCUUGGUUUGAUUGAUUGACAGG